AGAAGAGCUGAGGAUGAUCCACGAAAAGAUGGAGGCCAAGAGGAUCGCUCGCAUCGCCCUGGCCGAGAUCAGAGCCUUCCUCGCCGAGGAGGAGGAGGGGAAGGAGGCGGCCUGGGCGCUGAAGAUGAAGACGCUGGAGGCGGCCCAGGAGCAACUGAAGGAAAAGACUGAGAGGGUGGAGAAAGAGAAAGAAGAGAAGGAGAAGUUGGAGAAGGAGAAAGAGGAGAAGGAGAAAAUGGAAAAAGAGAAGGCAGAGAUGGAGAGGGAGAAGGCAGAGAAGGCGGAGAAGGAGAGGAUUGAAAAAGAGAAGGCAGAAAAGGAAAAGAGGCAAAGAGAGAUGGCUGAGAAGGAAAAGGUGGAGAGGGAAGCUAAAGAGAAAGCAGAGAAAGAAAAACAAGAUAUGGAGAGACUGGCCAAAGAAGAGAGGGAACAACUGGAGCGAGAGAUAGCGGAGAAGGAUAAGAUGGAGAGAGAGCGUCUGGCCAGGGAACGAGAGAGGGAAGCCAAGGAGAAGGAGGAGAGGGAACGACUGGAGAAAGAGAGACUUGAAAAGGAAAGAAUAGCAAAAGAGGAGAGGAUGGAAAGAGAGAAGGCGGAGAAGGAACGAUUGGAGAGGGAGAGGCUCGAGAAAGAAAGGAUCGCCAAAGAGAAGGCGGAGAAAGAGAGACUGGAGAGGGAACGCAUUGCUAAGGAAAAAGAGCGAAUCGCCCGAGAGAAGGAACGACAAGAACAAGAACGGAUCGCCAGAGAGAAGGCAGAAAAAGAAAGGCUGGAGAAAGAAAGGAUCGCCAAAGAAAAGGAAAGACUUGAAAAAGAAAGGAUCGCCAAAGAGAAGGAAAGACUUGAAAAAGAAAGGAUCGCCAAAGAAAAGGAAAGACUUGAAAAAGAAAGGAUCGCCAAAGAAAAGGCGGAGAAGGAAAGACUGGAGAGGGAACGCAUCGCUAGGGAAAGAGAAAGACUUGCAAGGGAAAAGGAAAGGAUGGAGAGAGAGAGGGCUGAAAAGGAGAGACAAGAAAAAGAGAGAAUCGCCAAGGAGAAGGCGAGGAUGGAGAGAGAACGCAUCGCCAGAGAGAAUGCACGAAUCGCUCAGGAAAAAGAGAGAUUAGAGAAAGAGAGAGCGGAAAAGGAAAGAGCGGCGAGAGAACAGAGGGAAAGGAUGGAGAGGGAACGAUUGGCGAAAGAAAGAGAGAGAAUGGCUCGGGAGAAAGAGAGGAUCGAACGAGAGAAAGCGGCGGCGAGAGAGAAGGAGCUUCUGGAGAGGCAGAGAGUCGCCCGAGAGAAAGCCCUCCGAGAAAAGAUGGAGGCCGAGCGGCUGGCGAGGGAACGCAACGCCGCCGCCGCCAACGCCAAGAGACCCGAACACCCGGAGAGGAAAACCAACACGACGCUACCGAGACCUCCGACGGCAGCAGAGGAGAAAACACGGAACGGUGGAGUGAGAGCUCAGGAAGUCAGGAGAGAGAAGAGCUCACCGGCAGACGGAAAGAAGUAGCAACGUUAUCGCACAGGAAGAUGCGAUCGGAUUCAUGGUGCUCGGACUCAACGCCGGCAAAUUACGUGUGAAAUGUUCAAACUGUGAUUUUUGGAGCAGCUGGAUCCUUCAUCUAACAACGAGAACAGGAACAGGAAGUGUAGAGCUGCAACCAGUGUAGACGA